AUGACAUUAUUUAAUGUUUUGUAUUUAUUCUUUUUAUUUUUCCUUUUCGAGCAAGGCAUAUUAAGAGGUGCUCGUGGGCUUAAAAGAAUAAACAAAAUUGGCUACCUAACCUUUUUUGGUCGUCCAUAUGAAGGAAAAAAGGACACCAAAUGUUCAUCCAAAGUGGAUGACAUGUUGUAUGACAGCUGGGGAGUCAAAUCUCUAUGGGAUUCGAAACCAUUCUCAUUAAUGAAACUUCCAUUUAAUCCCCAGAAUAUGUUACCUUUCCUUAGUGAAGAAUCUAUAAAAUACCAUUACAGCAAACAUCACGCUACCUAUGUCAAAAACUUAAAUAAUUUAACAGAACAAAAUGGAGAACUAAGAAACCUAACCUUAGAAGAAGUGAUAGAAAAAUACAAUGGACCAAUUUAUAACAAUGCUGCUCAAAUUUUUAAUCAUAAUUUUUUUUGGCUUGGAAUAAAAGAAGAGGGAGGAGGAGGGAUGCCAUACGGAGAAAUUAAGGACAAAAUCGAAGAUUCUUUUAACUCUUUUGAAAAUUUUAAGGAAAUAUUUUUAAAAGAAGCAACAGGACAUUUUGGGAGUGGUUGGAUAUGGCUAAUAAUGAAGGACAAAAAGUUAAAAAUUUACCAAGGACAUGAUGCUGAUAAUCCUAUAAAAAACAACGUUGGCCGGCCUAUCCUAACCCUAGAUGUUUGGGAGCAUGCAUACUACGUAGAUUAUAAAAAUGCCAGAGCUGAUUACGUAAAAGAAUGGUUAAACAAAGUUAACUGGGAUUUUGCCAAUUAUAAUUUGUCUAUAUUAAAUUAA